CAGGAGCUUCGUGGUUGGGAGUAACGACCAUCAACUCGACCUAGGAAGCGCAACUUAUCACCAAUUACCGAUUCCUCCGGAUACGCCAACGGCAACACAACACCGACAAGAUGGGAUACUCAUACUCAUACUCAUACGGAGUCGGCGGGAUAGGGUCUACCCUAGCGAUUGUGGGAGCUUAUAUGCUCUUCACUGGCAGUGGUGAAGCUUUCAACGUCGGUGCCUUCCUCGAAUCCGUCUCGCCGUACGCGUGGGCAGACUUAGGCAUUGCGCUCUGCAUCGGACUCUCGGUAGUUGGGGCAGCAUGGGGUAUCUUCAUCACCGGCUCGUCCAUUCUCGGCGGAGGCGUCAGGGCCCCGCGCAUUCGGACCAAGAACUUGAUCUCCAUCAUCUUCUGCGAGGUCGUCGCCAUUUACGGUGUCAUCAUGGCCAUCGUCUUCUCGGCCAAGAUCAACCCGGUCGAGGGCGAGGCAGCGUGGUCUGCCGACACCUACUACACCGGCUAUGCGCUCUUCUGGGCGGGCAUCACCGUCGGCAUGUGCAACCUGAUCUGCGGCGUUGCCGUUGGUAUCAACGGGAGCGGCGCCGCGUUGGCGGAUGCUGCCGACCCUACUCUCUUCGUCAAGAUGCUCGUGAUCGAGAUCUUCAGCUCCGUCCUGGGCCUCUUCGGCCUGAUCAUCGGGCUACUCGUGUCCAACAAGGCGCCCGACUUUGGCAGCGCUUAGAAGUCUCGGCCCGGUUACAAACUCACCCACACAUCCACGAAUCUCUCAAAUUGGAUUCAGACUGCAGCGGCAAGCGUGUCUGUGUAGCUUCAUUAUCUCGGCGUUUUGGAAGAGGGCAGGGGCGGUCAACGGGCAUGACCGGCAUCAUCUCAGUGUAGAAGUGUACUGUACAGAAGAGGUUCGUCAGGUCAUAUAU